AUGCAACCGAAGCCUUUGAUACACAGAAACCUGAAGGGUCCGAAUUUGAUGCUGAUAAACGGCGGAGUUAAUUUGAAGAUAUGCGAUUUCGGUACUGCUGCUGAUAAGAACACUUACAUGACUAACAACAAAGGAUCUGCAGCUUGGAUGGCGCCCGAAGUGUUUAGUUCGUCGACUUAUACGGAAAAAUGCGAUGUCUUCAGCUGGGGAAUCAUCCUGUAG